GGGCCGGAACGGUGGCGCGGAGACACCAGUUUCCGGCGGGCUCCUUUGAGGGCGGACCCACUUGGGGGGCCGGGAACCAUGCGAGGGCCGGAGCCCGGGCCUGGACCGACCAUGGAGGGGGACGUGCUGGACACCCUGGAGGCGCUGGGGUACAAAGGACCACUGCUAGAAGAGCAAGCCCUUAGCAAGGCAGCGGAGGGUGGAUUAUCAUCACCUGAAUUUUCAGAACUCUGUGUUUGGUUAGGCUCUCAGAUAAAAUCGUUGUGCAACUUGGAAGAAAGUAUCACUUCAGCUGGAAGAGAUGAUCUAGAGAGCUUCCAACUUGAAAUAAGUGGUUUUUUGAAAGAAAUGGCCUGUCCAUAUUCUGUGCUCAUUUCAGGAGAAAUUAAGGACCGUUUGAAAAAGAAGGAUGAUUGUUUGAAACUUCUGCUAUUUUUAAGUACAGAGCUUCAAGCUUUACAGAUACAACAGAGCAAGAAACACAAAAAUUCGCAGUUAAAUAAAAAUAAUGAAAUUCAUCAGGAAAUUCAAGCUAUCUGCGAUGCCCUUGGUAUACCCAAAUCAACAACUUCUGACAUUCCGCUUACGCUAACCCAGGUGGAGUCAAAGGUGAAAGAUAUUCUCUCCAAAGUCCAGAAAAGUCAUGUUGGAAAACCACUGUUGAAAAUUGAUUUAAAUCUGGAGCAGGCGGAGCAACUAGAAAGAAUAAACGAUGCUCUUUCCUGUGAAUAUGAAUGCCGCCGGCGGAUGUUGAUGAAACGUUUAGAUGUGACAGUGCAGUCCUUCGGAUGGUCUGACAGAGCCAAGGUAAAAACAGAUGAUAUAGCAAGAAUUUAUCAGCCUAAGCGUUACGCUCUGUCACCUAAGACGACAAUUACAUUGGCCCAUCUCCUAGCUGCCCGUGAAGAUCUGUCCAAGAUCAUCAGGACAAGCAGUGGCACCAGCAGGGAGAAGACGGCGUGUGCCAUAAAUAAGGUGCUGAUGGGCAGGGUACCGGACAGGGGCGGAAGACCGAAUGAAAUUGAGCCACCACCCCCUGAGAUGCCCCCUUGGCAAAAGAGACAAGAAGGCGGCGGCGGUGGCCGGGGUGGCUGGGGUGGUGGCGGUGGUAGAGGAGGAGGUGGGGGUGGACGAGGUGGCUGGGGAGGAGGAGGAGGAGGGGGAGGAGGAGGCUGGGGAGGGGGUGGGGGAGGAGGUGGAAGAGGAGGUUUCCAAGGCAGGGGAGAUUACGGUGGGAGAGGAGGGGGCUACGGUGGAAGAGGAGGCUACGGAGGAAGGGGUUAUGGAGAUCCGUAUGGGGGAGGAGGCGGGGGGUACCGACGAUACUAAAAGCUGGGGAAGAACAAGCUAGGUAGCUGCUUCUUGGUAAAUGCAUUAGGUAUGGUGUCCUAAAGAACAUACUUGAAUGUCAUCCCUGAAGUAAAUGCCAUGUUAGAUUCCCUGAUGGUCUCAUUCUUGAAUUGGCUUAAUAUGUAAGAAUAUUGUUUUAUACUA